AUGCCAUCUUCGGCGUGUGUGGCUGAGGGCCCCUGGUUCCUGGCGUAUGCAGGCAACAUUGGCGCACCGAGGCUUUGGUUGGCAUCCAACAGCACGUGCUGGUGUCAAGCCAUCUCCCGGAUCCCCAGGGCUCACAGAUCAGCUCGUUCACUCCGUUCGGUCACGCCAGGACAGAAGAUGUGCGCCAUGGAGGUGGUGUCCGUCACGUCCCUGAUCUGUGGCAGCUGUCAUACUGGAAACAGCGUGCAAGUGAGGCAUUUGGAAACCCCAAGAGUGUUUGGCGCGAGUUGGGAUGAAGCAGCCCCAUCAUGUGUGCACUUCUGUAACCAGUAUGAGCUCCGAGGUUCAAGAGGGGCCGACGAGCGCCACUGGUCGACGGUUGAUCCUGGGCCUGGGGCUAGUUCCAAAGCGGUUCUCCCCGGAUGUCUCAAUGUCGAUCCUGCGUGGACCCCGCGAAAAGGCUCCCGCUUGAGUCGGGCUCGAGCUGGUGGCGUGCAGAUUCAGACACCCAUAUCAGCGUCGAGAAGCAUGUCAAGUGAUUUCCCCGCGUCCAGUGUUGAGGUGGCCGAAAUUUCCGGCGUCACGGCAGCCAUCAGUCUCGGGAUGCUUCGCAGCGACGAGCCCGAUGGUGGAGGGGAGCAGCGUCAUUGA